CGUGAUAAACAAAAUUUCAACAUGCCAUCAGUGCAGAGACAAUUUAACAUGCAAAAGCGACCAGCAAUGAAUCGGUCACACUUAAGGGAAGCUCCAGGUACAGUUCAUGGCAAUCCACCACCAGCAGGAAUGGAGUCAGAAAAUCAUGGACAGAGCGGAGCCCAUGGAAACAUCUCUGUUCCAAACAUAUUCCCCAUCGAGCAGACAUUGACUCCACCUAGUGCCAACACAUCUAGCCAUCCAGGUGAUUUUGCAAAUUAUGCUCAACCACAGGGGUCAGUGGACGUGUGUCCUAGAAUCGACCCUGUCCUCCCUGAAUCAAGAAGAGAGAGAUUUGAGACUCCAUCUCAUGGCAAUACAAUACACCAUCCUCAUAAACUUUCCAGCAAUAUACAUCAGGAAUCCUUACAGACUGAUGAACAGGAUGUGUCUCUCGACUUAAGCCAAAUUCAUGUAUCUGAAGUCAAUCGUGGAGGCCAGGUAGGUCAUGGAUCAGGUAAUAGCAGCUCUGAGGCAAAUGUCCAGCCAUCCAGAAGCCCUUUUGGUGCCCGAACUGGAGGAUCAACUGGUCCUGACAGAGGUAAUACUGAUAAUUGUAUAAGUGAUGAUGCCCUAUACGGUGAUGGCAGAUCAUCAGAUUCCCAAAAUGUCCCCAAACAAGACCAUUCACUAUCUGACAAACCUUCCACAGUCAUUAAGCUUAGUAAAUCUUUUUCUGGAAAGUUAUCAGAACAGCCUACUUCAGCCUCAACUUCAAGUUCAACAAUACUGAGAAAUAACCUCCCUCAGUAUCAGAGUCCUUUGAAUACGACUGAUAACAACCCUUCGGAGACAUUUCAGCCUCUGCCUGAAAAUGAUCUGAUAAUAGAACCAGAUCUAGAUGAAGAUGGUAUUCAGACAAAUGCUACAAAAAGUAAAGACAAGCUCUCUGAAUCAUCCAGUUCUCAGGGGGAAUCAUCCAGACUCACAAAGUAUGAAGAUGAGGAAUGUACUGUCUUAAAAUCACUUGAUUCAAGCCAAGGCACAAACAGUUCCACUGACACAACAGCAAUCAAAUACUCAGACAAGAAGGAAAAUGGAUCAGUUACAAGUGACAGAUUGGCUGAUGUGUCUGAUCAGGGAUCUUGUCAUAACGCUGGAGAAGGCAAUGAUAACAAAUCUGGUGUAGGGUCGUUUGCUAUCACAGAGCCAUCACCACUCACUGCUGAUCAAAACCCUGGUAUGAGCCCUGCAACAGAUGCUGCUACUGUAGGACCUUGUGAUGACAUCACUUCUGGAGAAAGACUCAGCAAUGGAGCUGACAAAGUUCCUUCUUGUCAAGGACCUAAUGGAAUGGAUGUAUUUGAUCAUGGAUCUUCUAAUGAUAGACCAAAAAAUCACAGGGGUACUGUUGCUUCUGGCCAAGGACCUAGAAAGAAUAUUGGAACACUUGCUUCUGGUCCAGGAGCUGAAAAGAAUCUUGCAACAGUUGCUUCUGGCCAAGCUGAAAAGAAUCUUGCAACAGUUGCUUCUGGCCAAGGAGAUGGAAGUCACCUUCGAACAGUUGCUUCUGAUCAAGGACAGAGAGAUACCCGUGGAAAAGAUGAUAAUGGACCAAGUGAUGGAUCUCGCAGUCUUACUUCUGGUCAGGAACCAAGCGAUGACAUUGACACAGUUGGUCCUCAUCAGGGACCAAGUAAUGGAUCACCUAGCCCUCCUAUUGCCCCUAGGACACCAGGAGAUGGCCAAUCUCUGACAGAUCAAAAAGUAACAAAAAGUCUGGCAACUCAAACAUCCAACUCAGAUGAAAGCAAUACAGUGUCAGUGAAGACACACAUGACCUCUGGAUCUGCAAAGCAUGGUGUACUGGACAAUGUAACUAAACCACUGGAGACUGAUUCUGCUUUGUCUGACAAACUUAAGACCCCACUAGCUAAACAGAACAAUGAAGAGGUGAACAAGGUUCUAACACAUGAGCUAAAAACCGAUGGACCAGCUUACAUAUCUGCCACAAAGUGUGCAGCACCAAAUGUGCUCAAAACUUCAACAGAAGUGCCUCCCACAUCCCCGGUGCCGGCAAUCCACUACCACUACCAUGCUGGGAAUCAGGGUCCAGGAAUGUUUGAUCCAAAUGUCUUCACACCUCUGGGGCAAUACCCACAGUUCACUCCGCUUCAUGUCAAUGGUCCACCACCUUACCCUGGCCACCCAGCUGCACCUCCAGCACAGAACCCUCAGCAACGUGGACCUGUGAACAUGAGUCAGCAAGCUCCCAUCAACAUUGUCAACUGCGCCAACGUGCAGAUUGGAACAGAUGGCAAGAUGAUAAUCGGAGACCAACGUGAAAGGAUGACAGAGAGAGACAAUGAGGAUCCUUAUGACAGUCUGACAAGUGCUGCCCCAAACCGAGAAGAUUCACCCCCUCCAUAUUCCCAACAUAACCCAAGUUUCCCCACUUCCACCUUUAGGAAGACCCCUUUGACUCAUGUUUCCAUGAUCCCCAGUCAGACAGAAUCAAGGGGAGGUAACCCAGCAUGUGGUGGGCAGGAAGCAGUUAUCACUGAUGUCUCACAGCCUGGGUCAGAGAGCCUUGAAAAUGCUAGUGGUUUGACUCGGGAUGGGCCACGUUCCUGUUUUCCCUCUGAAAGGAUGACAAGUGAAGGGAGACAAGUGCAGACCGGUUUUACCGAUCUUCAGCCACAUUUAGGGAGUGCAUCAGGUUUGAGUGACAUCACCAGCUUCACCGUGACAGAGCUUGGUUCUGCAAGUGAUUUUCUGGAGAUGGUACAAUCAGAACUAUCUGAAGACAGGGACAGUUCUCUCUCAGGAAAAGGGGAGACAAGUCUACCUUCAGCCUGCAGCAAGCAAAACACAGAUGACUCACAAUUGACAACUGAGGACAGUUGUACCCCAUCCACCCUCAACAGGAGUAACGACACGUUUUUCUGUGCCAACACGAGAAGGAACCAGGUCUACCUCAACAUGGCAAAAACAUUGUUACAGCAGUAUGAUUUUCAGAGUGAAGGCAAAAGCAGUUCUGUUGAUUCAGAACUAGACUAGAUUAAAAUGGCUGUGAUGAUGAUUAAAUGGCUCAUCAAUGGUAUGACAAUUUGAUAAAAGUUUGUGGUCCCGUUUAAGGAUGAUCGUAGCACCAAGAAUAUCACGUUGACUUGUGACAUUUGUACCCAAAAUGGCUUUGUGAAAUGUAGCGGACAUAACUUUCCGAGUCCUAUGCUGGGAUUUGAAUCACGAACCUUCUGAUCUGAAAUCAGACGCCUUGUUCACAUGACCAAAGAGGUUAAACCCAUCAGCAAGCUGACUCCACACCCUGCUGCAUACGCCCCUGUCAACAGAAGGCACAUCCAUGCAGCAUAGCAGGGUACUGAGACAUAUUUUGAUCAAAUUUGAACAUGCUCAAACCAACAUUGGGUGUCAAAGUAGCAGCCAUGCAAUUUCCAGUCCUUUGCUAGGUUUCAAACCAAGGACCUUCUGUCCCAAAUUCGGACACCUUGUCCACAUGACCAAAGAGGUUAACUGGAUCAGAAAGCUGACAAGGUAAGGAUGUCAUCUGUGGGAUGACUCCGCGCCCGGCUACAGGAACAAGACUCUACUGUUCUGAAGUACCAUGGGGCGUUCCUAGCUCAAUGAUUGGUUGAGCUGUGAGCUUUGUUAUCGCCCAGCUGAACAUAUACCUGCUCCUCCUGUUCACAGUGGUCUUUGUUGAUGCAAUCAUUGUCUUCACUUCUUAUUUGGACUGGCUAAAAAGAUUGAUAAUCGGAAAUAUCGUUGAUGGGUAAAUGUUUUAAUGAAUUUCGAUAUGAAAAUUGUGGUAUUGAUAAUAUCAUACAUAAACUUUUGCGAUGAAAUAUGGUUUGAGUUUAUUCACACAAUACACAAAGUUAGGUUUUGAUUCAUGGGCUACUGCUGAAUUAUGUUCAGGGCACUGUCUUGUUAGUUAUCCAUGCAUAAAUAUGUCACUAGUCACUGAUGUCAUUAAUUUGUUAAUUCUUUCAGACUUUUUUGCCAGUUUUGCUCAGUUACUUUUCCAAUAUCUAUCAAUAAUCGAUCGAUAUGUAUUUAAAGAUUAUUAAUCCUUAUGAUCUGUAUCGAUAGCCAGCACAACUUCUAAGUGUUGGUCUUUUGGUGCCUUUAUUGUAUUAAUAUAAGUAAUCAUGUUUGUUUGUUGUUGAACGUCGUGCCACAUGCCAAAUGCUGUUACCCUCAAGGGUAAUGUUAAAAAGAUUGCUUGAAAUGUGUCAUUAAACUUUGUUUUCAUUAAUAGUACCAAAAAGUAUUACAUUUUGUUUGUUGACAUAUUUUACACUAAAAAUAGAAAUUCAACUUAAAUAUGCGGUUAAUAUGUGCUAUAUCAGUGUGCGAAAUAGCCACGUUGCUAGUAAAAAUCUUGUUGACUGUGGAAAUUUACUGGCCUGACUGGAUAGUGAAUUUUCAUGGGGUCAUUUUGAAAAUAUAUCACUCUCUCCGACUUGUUAAGUUACAAUACACUUCUAAAUCAUGCAAGAUUAGGGCCUGAUAAAUAUGUCCAUCGUAUUGGCAGCUUAAUGAUGAAACCCGUGUCUACAUUCAAAUAUUUCGGGCCAUUGAAUUAUUUUGUGAGCUAGUAACUUUCAGGCAUAGCUUGCCCGACUUGCUAGCAAAAUUUGGAAAGUAUUUUGCACACUGGCUAUAUAUUUGAUAAGAAUAGGAAUAUAACUGUCAGUUUUUCAAGACAGAAAGUGAGUGGACUUCAAACCCAGGUACAAAUUUGCGUGUACUGGUAUAUAUUCUACUAUUUACUUUGCUGAUAUUGUUGUACAUUGCCUUUAAGAAAAUCUUUGAUAACAAACAUGACCUUUUUUUUAAUGCAUCAGUUACACUUGAUGAAAAUACUCGGUGUUUUAAUUUAAAUAUGCAUAAUUGUCUACAUAAUGUACCAAAAGGAUUGUAAUGUAAUACUAUCAUGAAUUAGAAUGUUCUUAAUUUUGACAGAUCAAUCUGAUCAAAUCAUAAAUAACUAAGACUGAAACAUCUGAUUGAACAUAAUACAUACAGACAGAGUUAAUAUCAAUGCAAAAGUACUUUGUUUCUCAAUCAUUGUUGAAUAUAAUUGAAAUAUUUCAAUAGAGUUGUUUUUGAAAGAAGAUCCUUGUUUUUAGUGAUGCUGAAUUUUUAUCUUUGUCAUGUUUUGAGACUUGUGAAUAUUGUUCUGUAUAUUGGUUAUGAAGUUUUUAUAUGUUGGUUUUAAGGACCAUACUCCAAUUUGGUAUAUGUACAUAUCCACAUCAGUGAGCUAGCUUGCAAUGAAUAGGAAUGUUUCAAUUGUUUUCUACCCAACUGAAUGAGUAUGAUUUUAUGCCCUUUUUAGUGAUAUCAUGGUGGGGGACACCAGAAAUGGGUUUCACUCAUUGUACCCAUGUGUGGAAUUGAACCGGGCCUUCGGCGUGACAAGCGAAUGCCUUAACCGCUAGGCUGCCCCACCGCCCCUGUUUUGCAGCCUGAAAGGCAGCAUACUUUUAUACUUGCUCCCAUGAUGCAACAUCGAGAAAGUGCUUAAAAGUGUAUGCGCAUAUAGGUCGCACACUCUAAACUCUGGGUAGACUAAACACAUACCAAAAUUUAUUCUUUUUUUAUGUAGAUCUUCAGUGAUGAUUUAUGGAUUCUUGAAACUGUUCAUAUUACAGAUUUCUGUGCUGAUGAUAGCAGUUUUAUCAAGCAAGUGGUUCCUUUUCUGGGUUGGGGUUGAGUUUUUUAUCCAAACAAAUAUUUAUACUUACUGAAUUUCUUACAUGUGACUAGUCAUUUUCAGCUGGUCAAAAUCAUGAUGUGGAUAUAGGUUAGAUAUACACAAAUGUUAGUCUUUGAGACGUUUUCAUACAUUUGUGUUGAUCAUGAAAGUGAGUCACAUUGAUACUCAUAGUGUCAGUCACUGGAUUGUCUGGUCCAGAUUGAUUACAGACCACUUCCUUAAAGCUGUAAUAUUGCUAAAUAAACAAUAAACACUACGUCUUUGAAAUGCAUGGUACAUGUUAUACUGUGAGCUGGGUCGAUAUCCGCUUAAUAUUUCUAUAAAAAUCUGAAUGCUGUCUCAUUGGUGUAAAAUGUUGCGGUUCCCAGACAAACUGUCAUACAAAGUAUACUCUCUCAUGUGUACCCUGAAGUCUGGCUCUCCUAAUUAUAAAUUUAGCCUACUUAAAACAAUAGAAAAUAUCCUAUGGGAUACUGGCUUAUAUCAUGUCUUGAUGUCAGUUUCUCCAAAUGUUUUAAAGGUACUGUUAAAAGGGUUCUAAUUGAUCAGUUUUAUCAAUCUGGAAUGCAACAGUGAAAUUUAUCGUGUACAUACUUGUAUCGUUUUUACUGCUGCCUUAUACAAAUUCAUACUGUUCAAAUUGUAAAUUAUCUGUAUGUUUUCUAUGUCACAACAUGUGAUUUAUGAGACUAAAGUUCUUCGUUUUCUUCGGAGAGGCUUUUAACAGUUGGAGCAGUAAGAAAGAAUGUUCUAACACUGUUAUCAAGCAAUGCUUGCUGUUAGAACCUACACCAAAACAUCGUUGUCACUGUAAUAAAGCAGUUGUUCGUACAUAUAUUGUUGUCCCUCCCUAAAAAAACACUGCUGAUUACAAAAAUAUGUGUCUUUUACCUGAUUCCUGUAAGGUUCAUGUUGUUGCUCAGUCCUGUUGGGUUCAUGGUGGAAUAUGUACUUAACACCCUAUAAUAGCAAAACCGAAAUUAAGGACUGGUGGGUUAAACCAUUUUUAUUGUUUGUGAUCAUUCCUUCAUGGAAUCAUUGCUAUGCUGUCAGCAGUUACUACUACUAGUAUAUGGCUGCAUAAUGAAAAUAUUGCUAGUAGACUGUUUGUCCAUUUGUGUAUCCUUGCAAUUUGGAGAAUCUGAAGUAAUUGUUGCUGGAACAACCAAUGACUUUCUUGGAAAUUAUUGAUCAAGUAAUGGUAACUUCAAAAUCAAUCAUGUAUAUAUUAUAUCUGCAUAAUAAAAAAAAGUAUUUAUUCA